UCUUGGCAAUCGGUUCCGAUUGCAUCCCACGACGGAGAAAUACUCUGAUUUCUCGGGGCUUAAUCCAAGGCACAGGCUGGCCCUCAUUUUUUAGUGGAGGGGGUGUGAUCGUUUAACUGGCCAUGAAGGGUUAUAGACCGAUCUUUCUGUUGCAGGCUAGUAGUGCUCUACUGCCGUUGAGAUCUAUUGUAAACAGCCAUCUCAUUUGUUCAUCAAGUCUUCGAACUGAGCCUUUACUUAUAAUAGGUAUCCCUCCCCACACUAAAAAAGUCGAGGAUGCCUACCCAUUCCAGGCUAUAAUAACCCGGUUCAAAAGACAAUGUGGUCAAGGUACUUAACUAUCCCGGAAUUGAUUUCUCGCCCCCACUUCCCUUACGUUGCACGAGAUUCCAUGACUGAUGACAUAUCGUAUUUGCUCAGUGGUGAUAGAAGGUGGAUGCAUUUGGAUGCAUUCCGCCCAUGGGACUGAACAAAUGUUUCGGGCAGAGACCGAGGACAUCACUACCCGCAGUACUUGAAGGACACUUGUUUUUACCAUAUUUAAUGAGAACUUACACCGGUUUAUUUACAAGGAUCUUGCGACUGUCGGAUAAAGAAUCAGGAUGUGUAUUCUCGAAUACUACAGCUGCUUUCGAAUUGCG